GAACAGUCGUAUUUAGCGCUCUGAGAAAUUAUCAUUUAUCAUCAUAAAUUUACAUAAAUUACAAGAAUAUUUAUUGUUUUCAUCAACAAGACGACUAAAAAGACUCUAAGACAUCAUUAACAGGUUGUAACUGAUCACACAUUAUGGAAGAAGAAGGCGAAAUGUCAAUGCCUUCGCCAGACAAAAGGAAAGAUGAUUCAGAACAGAAAAUUUGUCGGUUUCUCAAGAAGGGGGAAGAAGUUCUUGACACUUUUAAAAUGUCAGUCAGGGCAUUUGAGUCACAAUCGUUACAGUUCAGAGAACUGCAGAUAGCUGUCCACGAUCUGAAACGCAAAUCUGACAGCACUGAUGUGGAGGUUCCUCCAAAGAGGGCGAAACUCAGCAAACAACCAGGCACUGCAGAAGCACAACAGUCCUGCAGUGCUACGCCAGAAGAAAUUGUAUCUGACUCAGAUGAUGACAUCUCUAUGCUUGUCAGACAGGAAGUCGACAAUACUGCUAAUUAUACUACAGGGGACAGUUUCCUUGAUAGUAUAGAGCAGUUUUUCAAACACUUGGUGAAGCAAUGACCGAAAAGGUAGCCAACACUAUCAACAAGGCCCUUCGGGGAAAGACGGACAAUGAGAAGAUGAAAAAACUUGGCGAAAAAUACAAAAGGCCAUCAAACAUAAAUAACCUACAAACGGCAAGACUGGAACCUGUCCUGUGGGUCCAAGUUAAGAACGGGACAAAGAGCAUUGAUGCGAACCGUCAAAAACUGAUUGCUGCACUUAAUUUAACACUUCUACCCAUCGUGAAGGCGUUGGAAGAGCUGCAUCUCAACAAAACCAACAGUGGGGACAAAUUGGCGGAAUAUGUUGGAGAUGCAUUCCGCAUAGCUGCAGGGCAAAUUUGUGCCAUCAACAAUGAGAGACGGGAGUCCGUUAAAAGGAAACUGACUUCCAAGUUUAAGCCAUUAUGCCAGGUAGCAACUACCAGUGCCACGAAUCUUCUGGGGGAUGACUUUGGCGAACAAAUCAAUGCGCUUGAUGCCAACAAGGACAUUAAGAUGACCAACAAAAAUCCACAAAACAUAAUAAAAACAAGAAAUAUUACCAAAUAACGUUAUUUUAUAUUAGUUCUGUACACAAAAAAAAUAAAUAU